GUGUGUGUGCGCGGAGAGGGGGGGAGAGUGGGUGGAGGAGGUGGGAGGGGUGGGGGGACUCCGGCCGGCUCUUGGGCUCUGCCAGUCAACGGCGGCGGCGCACCGGCGCGCGGGCUAGCGGUUGGGUACGGGGGCGAGCGGGCUAGCGAGAAAGAACAAGCGCGGCGGCAGUGCUUCGUCCCGGAUCCCGGUUCCAAGCGUGUCUUUCUUCUCUUCCACCCGUUGCAGGAAUUUGCCUCAUCUGGAUGACCAAUGUCCAGUGCUGCUGUCUGUUCAGCCAGAGGCCGGGGGAAGGAUCUUAUCAGAUCAGAACUCCGAGAGUAGGGAUUCUCCUUAUAAAAGACAAUGACUACCGAUGAGGCCACCAAGAAUGAUGGAGAGAAUCCAGCAGUUGCUCUUGCUGAACGAGGAGAGGACAUUACACCCAAAAAAGACCAAGGUGUCCUAAAGAUUGUCAAAAGAGUGGGGAAUAAUGAGGAAAUGCCGAUGAUUGGAGACAAGGUUUAUGUCCAUUACAAAGGAAAACUGUCCAAUGGAAAAAAGUUUGAUUCCAGUCAUGAUAGAAAUGAACCGUUUGUCUUCAGUCUCGGCAAAGGCCAGGUUAUCAAAGCAUGGGACAUUGGAGUUGCCACGAUGAAGAAGGGAGAGAUCUGCCACUUACUGUGUAAACCAGAAUAUGCAUAUGGCUCUGCUGGCAGCGUCCCUAAAAUUCCCUCGAAUGCAACUCUCUUUUUUGAGAUUGAACUACUUGAUUUCAAAGGAGAAGAUUUAUUUGAAGAUGGAGGUAUUAUCCGCAGAAUCAAGCAGAAAGGAGAAGGUUACUCAAACCCAAAUGAAGGUGCAACAGUAGAAAUCCACCUGAAAGGCUCUUGUGGCAACAGGACAUUUGAUUGCAGGGAUGUAGUGUUUGUUGUUGGAGAAGGGGAAGACCAUGACAUUCCCAUAGGAAUUGACAAGGCCCUAGAGAAAAUGCAGAGAGAAGAACAUUGUGUUUUGUAUCUUGGACCACGAUAUGGCUUUGGAGAGGCUGGGAAACCUGAAUUUGGCAUUGAGCCCAAUGCUGAACUUGUGUAUGAAGUUAUUCUUAAGAGCUUCGAAAAGGCCAAAGAAUCCUGGGAGAUGGACACCAAAGAAAAACUUGAACAGGCUGCUAUUGUCAAAGAGAAGGGAACAGUGUACUUCAAGGGAGGCAAAUACUUGCAGGCAGUGAUUCAAUAUGGAAAGAUUGUAUCCUGGUUAGAGAUGGAGUAUGGUUUAUCAGAAAAGGAAUCUAAAGCAUCUGAAUCCUUCCUGUUAGCGGCUUUCCUUAACCUGGCCAUGUGCUACCUAAAGCUUCGGGAGUACACCAAAGCUGUUGAAUGCUGUGAUAAGGCACUUGGACUGGAUAGUACCAAUGAGAAGGGCCUGUACAGGAGAGGUGAAGCCCAGCUGCUCAUGAAUGAGUUUGAGUCAGCCAAAGGUGACUUUGAGAGAGUGCUAGAAGUCAACCCCCAGAACAAGGCCGCAAAGCUACAGAUCUCCAUGUGCCAGAAGAAAGCCAAGGAGCACAACGAGCGCGACCGCAGGAUAUAUGCCAACAUGUUCGAGAAGUUUGCAGAGAGAGAUGCCAAGGAAGAGGCUGGUAAGACAGUAGGUGAUAAGAUGCCAGAAGGGGUCCCCUCUAAGAAGAUCCAACCUGUAGAAGAGCCAAUAAUGGAAGACAAGGACUUGGAAGGCCAUGUAUGACAGAGUGCAAAAGAGGGAGAGGGAAUCCUAAUGAAUUCAGCCCCCUCCUCAAUGACUUCUACAGAACUCAGGACUAAACAAUGUUUCUUGUCAAGUUUGUUAUAGUCUAUGUGAUUCUGGACACAAGCAGGCAAACUCGUAGCUUCCCAGAAAAUAGCCCCUGCUGCUACCCAUUACCUUCACCGAAAGGGUCACGUGGGACCACUGCAGGUGGUACAAAAAAAUAGAUGUAGCUGUUGGGGUGAGGAAGUUGGACCAGCAGCUUGAGUCCAGCUCAUUUCAGUUCAUGUCCCAACUUUUUAUAUCCAAGUUAGAAUACUCUAAGACCCUAGCAGUUUGGAGCUAUUUGUUUGGAUCAUACAUCUGGUGAUCAGACUUUAGUUACAUUGUAGAGGGGCUUAGAAUAACUUAGAGAAUUCUCUCCUUUUAUUGGGCUAUGAUCUGCAUCUUUGGAGGGAGCUCCCAAACCAAUGAGACCACACCUUGCAAAUCUCUAACUAAUGUCAUUAACAGUGUGAAUACCAUUAAAUGAAUAAUUUAGAACAAUUCAACAUUUAUUAAGCAUCGAGCAUCGGGGUGGGUGUGGGGGGAAAAGUAAUUAUAAAAUUGCCCCCUACCUUCAUGAAAGCAAAUCUAGUAAGACGGGGAGAGAGAAUGGUGAAGUAUGUACAUGCCAGUCACUACAGUGCAGCACAGAGACAUAUGCAUAGGAGAGGUACAAAGAGCAGUGAUACAAGAAUUCCCAGGAUAGAAAAUUCACCCCAACUGGGGUCACUAGGGAAGUUUCACAAUCCAGGCUUCGUUCAACCUUCAACCGUAUUUGUGUCACAUUUUCAAAUCUUAAGGCAACAUGGUCAGUUAUCUUUUAAAAUA